UCUCCUUUAACUUCAUUCUAUCAUACACAUUGUUCUUCUUCUUAAUAAGUCUGGUUAAUAUAUUCUUCUUCGUAUUCUCUGGUUCGUCCAUUAGAUCUGGAUUUGCCCUAAUUUUGGCUGGAAAGGCGGUUUCGCCUCAAAUGGAAUCCGGUUCUCCGUCCAAAACUUUCCUCGGUGUCCGUUUCGUUCUCUUCGGAUUCGAUCCCGUAAACGAACACAAGGUUCGAUCUAGGCUUGUUGGUGGCGGUGGAAUUGAUGUUGGUCAGUACAGUCAAAGUUGUAGUCACGUAAUCGUUGAUAAGAUUGCUUAUGAUGAUCCGGUAUGUGUUGCUGCUCGAGAUGAUGGGAAAACACUCGUCACUGGGUUAUGGGUUGAUCAUAGUUUUGAUAUUGGAAUGCCCGUUGACAGCACUUCGGUUAUGUACAGACCUCCCAAGGAUUUGAAUGGGAUUCUGGGUGCCAAAGGUCUAAUAAUAUGCUUGACUGGAUACCAGCGGCAGGAUCGGGAUGAUAUUAUGACAAUGGUUGGAUUGAUGGGUGCAGAAUUCUCCAAGCCAUUGGUGGCAAACAAAGUUACUCAUUUAAUAUGCUACAAGUUUGAGGGGGAGAAAUAUGAACUCGCAAAGAAGAUGAAGAAGAUAAAGCUUGUUAACCACCGCUGGCUGGAAGACUGUUUGAGGGAUUGGGAGCUUCUUCCAGAAUCUAAUUAUAACAAGAGUGGCUAUGAGCUGGAGAUGAUGGAUGCUGAAGCUAGGGAUUCUGAAGAAGAGGCAGAAGAUGCCCCCUUGAAGCAGCUUGGGGGAAGAAACAUGCAAAAGAGCCCUCUUAAUUUGAAAACUGAAAUUUCAAAUAUUGUUGAAUUGCCUAGGGUAGAAGCAGAGGUGCCAGGAAUGCAAUCAAAUUCUAGUAGGACCAAAGAUUUCAGUCCAGUCAUAGCUAAAAGAAUGAUAACUCCUGACAGAGAAGACAGACGUCGUCAAUCUCCAAACAUUAAUGAGGCCAAUACUUUUGUGGGGGAUGACUGUCAAGAAAUCAGUGUCCACGGGAAUGCUUUAAAUGUUCAGUUACCUGAUCCAUGUGAUAUAACUCCAAAGUCUACAACACUGGUAAAUGAUUUGUCAUCUACAACUAAAAGUUCUGGAAGUCCCUCCCCAUCUAAUGUGAGGGUUACUGCCAUGAGCUAUUCAAGGAGAUCACCUAGGAUGCCUACAGUCUCAAUUUCUAGACAAGAGUUGUCAGGCAAUAUAGAUGGUUCUCUGAAACAAAAUGUUGGUGACUCCAACGUGACAGAUGCACAUGAUCCUUCAACAGAUAGAACCGGUUCUAUUCAUUUUGAGACUCCCCAUAAAAAUGGAGAAUCACGCAAUGAAGAAGGGUCAACUAGUAUAUUGCCCCAAAAAAGAGUGAUGUCUGUUUUGGUUGAUAGCUCUAAAUCACGGAAGAUAGAACUUAGUAAUAAAUCAAGGGUCAGUGGAAGUCCUUUAGUUAGUUGCAGAAAACAAGGAUUGGAAGUAGGUCCUCUUGAGAGAAAUGAUAGUUUCAAGCCUGGCAAUGGAGUUUCUAUGGAUGAGCCUGCUAUCUCUAACUCAUGUGCCAGCACUUCAAUGACCAAGUCAUCAUGUUUAGACAAGAAAUUGACUGAUGAUGUCUCUGUCCCUGAAAGUGUAACGUCAGAGAUUCUGCACAAUAAUAUUAAUGAUGAGGAGAUCCUCAAAACAUCUAUAAGGGGAUUGGCAGAGCCAACUUUUUCAAGGAAACUUAAUAAUGAUGAUCUGGGUAUUGCUAAAUCAGUUAAUGGGACUGGUGAGGCAGAGAUUUUGCAAAAUAUCCAGCAAAAUGUUGAGCUUUCAUCUCUCAGUAAGAGAACAUCAGUAACGGAGAAGUCCCAGAUAGCUUUAAAUUUGGAUGCACUUCAAGAAGAAACUGACAUGUUGGUUAACAAGCCACUGAGGAAAAAAAUGGUUGCCAGGAAGACUCUGGGUUCUAGAGCAAAGAUGAAAAAUACAGUUAGUCAAAAAGGCUCUAUUUACUUGAGUAAGAAUGCCUCCGAAGAUAACCCUUCAACUUGUUUAGGAGACGGAAAAAUGACAACAUUCCAGGAGAUUGGCAAUGAACUGGAGAUAUGUCCUCCUGCUGGUGCUGAAACCACGAAGAAGAUAGAGACAGAAAUUAUAGCUGAGGUCGAUGCUGUUAGAAAGAAUGAAUUUGGUGAUGAUGAAACUGAGGCUCCAGAGGAAGAUGAGCAGGAGAUGAAAAAGGCACAUAAUCAAGAAAAUCCAAAAGUCAUUGAAUUGGCACCCAAAACUGAUGCCAAGAUAGGAAAGAAUACAAGAGUUCACCAAGCACUUGAUAAUUCUAAGGCUACGAUGCAUAACGAUGCAAUGGCCUCAGAGAAAGAUAUGGACGGGAUCAAACUUAAAGGGGUUGUUUCCGGGAGGAAGUUUGGUGUGGAUGAAAAAGUCUUAAAAUGUGAGCUUGUCAAAAAGAAAUCAAAUAAGGAGAAAAAACAAAUUUCAAAUAAAGCUGAAGCAGAGAUUUUUCCUCCUGUGGAGAAAUCGACAGAACCUACAAAGGAUGCAGGUGAGAGAGAGAGGCAAAAUAGAAGGGAUAUUGACAAUAAGGAGAUGGAAAAGGAGAAGACUGUGCUGUGUUCUACAGGCAAAACUAGCCGCAGGAAAUCUGUGAGUAAGCUCGUUAACUCUGCAGAAGCAGAGAAGGAGAACAUGCCAAUUCUUUGUGGAGGCCAAAAUUCUUGUCAGGGAGAACUUGUAACCAAAGUUGUUAAAUCUACCAAGAAGCCAUUAACGAACAGUAAAAAAUCUGCCAAAGUUAACUCUAAGACAGUGCCUGGUGGAAAGGUUUUGAACAAAGUGUACACUGAGCCGACAUGGUUUAUAUUGAGUGGCCAUCGGUUACAGAGAAAAGAAUUUCAGCAGGUUAUUAGGCGAUUGAAAGGUAGAUUAUGCAGAGACUCACAUCAUUGGUCAUACCAGGCAACACAUUUCAUCACUCCAGAUCUUCGCCGCACAGAAAAGUUAUUUGCUGCAGCUGCAUCUGGAAGGUGGGUUCUUAGGAGUGAUUACUUAACCGCUUGUAAUCAGGCUGGAAGGUUCUUGCCGGAGGAACCUUAUGAGUGGCAUGAGACUGGCCUUAGUGAAGAUGGUGCAAUCAAUCUAGAGGCUCCAAGGAAGUGGCGACUCUUAAGGGAGAAAACAGGUCAUGGUGCCUUCCAUGGAAUGAAUAUUAUUGUAUAUGGAGAAUGCAUUGCGCCGCCUUUGGAUACGCUGAAGCGUGUAGUGAAGGCUGGAGGUGGGACUAUAUUAGCAACUUCUCCCCCUUACUCUCGCUUCCUCAAAUCUAGCAUUGACUUUGCCAUCAUAAGUCCUGGCAUGCCGCGUGUUGAUUUGUGGAUUCAAGAGUUUGUAAAGCAUGAGAUACCCUGUGUUGUUGCAGAUUAUUUGGUGGAGUAUGUUUGCAAGCCUGGAUACUCUCUUGAAAGACACGUUCUCUUCAAUACCCAUGCUUGGGCCGAGAAGUCAUUUUCAAACUUGCAACACAAGCAAGAAGAGAUCAUCAGGGACUCGAACUUAUCACCUGAUUCCGCUGCUAGUGUUGGCAUAGUUUGCCAAGUUUGCGGAUGUCACGACAGAGAAGAAGUUAUGUUGAUAUGUGGCGAUGAAAGUGGUUCCACUGGAUGUGGCACCGGAGCUCACAUAGAUUGCUGUGAUCCUCCGCUCCACGAAGUGCCCGAAGGGGACUGGUUUUGCCCAAAAUGCAACGGAAACAAAGGCAGUUCCAGUCCCUCUAAAAAAAGGAAGAAGGGAAGGUCUUCAUCAAAGCAGAAGUGAUUUUUAUCUGUGCUUCUCUCUACCUCUCCUUAAGAGGUAUGUUACUAUUGCAUUUGACAUUUCUGUAUGCCAAGUUGCAGUGAGAUGUGUAGAAAUCAUUAUAAUGCAGGGUUAUUUGGUUCUGGUAAUCCAAGUUUGCCAGCAGUUUCUGAUUUUAGCGAAAAUGGGAAUUUCAAGAAUGGUAGCAUUAAGUCACUUUGUUUGGUUAGGCAGGUCAAAGUAAAUAGAAACUUUUUUUCGAAAAUACUAUUUCAUAUUGUAA